UGUUAGCCGCGCGAUGCCCUGCGUCCCCCCGGCGCUGCGCCUGAGAGCCGCACCGAUGCGCGCGUGCGUCUGAGCUCAGACAUGAAGAUCCUCUCGGCGCUCGUCGUCUGGGCUGUGAUGGCGACUCUGGACGCUCAGCUGGUUUGCUGGCAGGCGCUAGUCAGGUGUCACGAGGAGCGCGAGUGUGAGCUAGCGUAUAACCAGUAUCUGAGCGCGUGCGACGGGAACAUCCGCGGGGAACGCCGCCAGUGUCCUAGCCACUGUAUUAGCGCGCUAAUCCGCCUCAACCAAACCGGAUCCGGGCCGGAUCUGGAGAGAUGCUCCUGCGAGACGGAUCGCGAGUGUCUGAGCGCUAAACGAGCCAUCGACCCCUGUCUCCCGCGCACUCAUCCUAGCGGAGCCGACAGCAUGGGCUGCACCGAAGCGCGCCGGCGGUGUGAGGACGACCCCGCGUGUCACGCGGCUCUGAUGGCGUAUCUGUCCCACUGUGGACAGCUGUUCAACGGGAGGAAGUGUUCGCCGCAGUGCCGCUCCACCAUCGAGCAGCUUCUGCUAAUGCCGAACGGCGUGAUGCUAAACACCUGCGUGUGCGACGGCCUCGAGCGGCCGUUCUGUGAGGUGGUGAAGCAGAACAUGGUGAAGCUGUGUUUGAUCGGCGAUCCCGGCGGCGAACACGACGACGCGUACGAGGACGAGGAUUACGAGGCGCGGCCGGGAAGCGAGGCGAGCGAUGCGGGGACGUCCAGCUCCAGCGCUUCGGCUCUGUCUCAACGCGUGCUGUUGCUGCUCGUUCUCGCUGCGUUCCGGACUCUGUGAACACGGCUGAGAGA